UAUUCUCCCCUUUAUCCAUGCACCAUUUUCCCCUCACGGAAGUCGCUCUGCCUAACUUGAAUCCGAGCCGCGCAGCGCCUUCACGCCAACUCAAUCCAUGCAGCUGCACUUUCCGUGGGUGGUUUUGCUGGGCCAACCCGACCCCAAAGCAGCCCUCCUCCCUCUCGAGCGGUAGGGCUGAGAUUCGCUCGGCUCCCACGCGCGUGGGCCGAGUUCCAGGCUGAGCCUCCUUCCUCAAAGAGAAAGAGUGAAAAAGACAAAGAGCGGACUGGGGAGCCGAAGAACCCGGGGUUCGGAGAGCGCUGCGUAGAACCGGGGCGGCCCAAGUGUGGAGCUUCGGGCGGGGCUGGAGUGUGACAUGGCCGAAGCGCACCAGGCCGUGGGUUUCCGACCCCCGCUGACCUCGGACGGGGGAGAAGUGGAACUCAGUCCCCCGUUGUUGCAGGAGAUCUACCUCUCCGGACUGCGCUCCUGGAAAAGGCAUCUCUCCCGUUUCUGGAACGACUUUCUCAUAGGUGUGUUCCCUGCCAGCCCACUCAGCUGGCUCUUCCUCUUCAGUGCAAUCCAGCUUGCCUGUUUCCUCCAGCUGGAUCCUUCCCUAGGACUGAUGGAGAAAAUCAAAGAGUCGCUGCCAGACUGGGGCGCACAGCAUCACAGGCUUCGAGGCAUCCUGGCGGCUGCGCUGUUUGCUUCAUGUCUAUGGGGGGCCCUGAUCUUCACACUUCAUGUGGCCCUGAGGCUCCUUCUGUCCUACCACGGCUGGCUCCUUGAACCCCAUGGGGUCAUAUCCUCACCCACCAAGACCUGGCUGGCUCUGGUUCGCAUCUUCUCCGGCCGCCACCCAAUGCUCUUCAGUUACCAGCGCUCCCUGCCUCGCCAGCCUGUGCCCGCUGUGCAGGACACCGUGCGCAAGUAUCUGGAGUCUGUCCGACCUGUGCUCUGCGAAGAGGACUUCGAGUGGAUCUCGGCCCUAGCACAGGAAUUCCUGAAGCUGCAGGCGUCGCUGCUGCAGUGGUACCUGCAGCUCAAGUCUUGGUGGGCGUCCAAUUAUGUCAGUGACUGGUGGGAAGAGUUUGUGUACCUGCGCUCCCGGAACUCACUGAUGGUGAAUAGCAACUACUACAUGAUGGACUUCCUGAACGUUACACCUACUCCCGUCCAGGCUGCUCGUGCAGGGAACGCGGUCCACGCCCUCCUCCUGUACCGCCACCGCCUGAACCGCCAGGAGAUCUUUCCGACAUUGCUGAUGGGAAUGCGGCCCUUAUGCUCUGCCCAGUAUGAGAAGAUAUUCAACACGACGCGAAUUCCUGGGGUCCACAGAGACCACAUCCACCACCUCCGUGACAGCCGACACGUGGCCGUCUUCCACCGGGGCCGAUUCUUCCGCGUGGGGACACACUCCCAAAGCGGCCUGCUUUCCCCAAGGGCCCUGGAGCAGCAGUUCCAGCGAAUCCUGGAUGACCCCUCUCCCCCCUGCCCCCACGAGGAGCAUCUGGCGUCUCUGACCGCGGCUCCGAGGGACAUGUGGGCUCAGGUGCGGAAGUCCCUGAAGACCCAGGCAGAGGAGGCCCUGGAGGCCGUGGAAGGGGCCGCUUUCUUUGUAUCACUGGACUCUGAGCCCUUGGGGGACGCUGCAGGGGACACUCCUGAGCCCUCGGGGGACUCCGCAGCUUCCCUAGAUGCCUAUGCCCAUGCCCUGCUGGCCGGCAGGGGCCAUGACCGCUGGUUUGACAAAUCCUUCUCCCUAAUCAUCUUCUCCAACGGGAAGCUGGGCCUCAGCGUGGAACACGCGUGGGCAGACUGCCCCAUCUCAGGACACAUGUGGGAGUUCACUCUGGCCACAGAAUGCUUUCAGCUGGGCUACUCGGCAGAUGGUCACUGCAAGGGCCAUCCUGACCCAUCGCUGCCCCAGCCCCAGCGGCUGCACUGGGACCUUCCAGACAAGAUCCAUCUAUCCAUCUCUCUAGCCCUGAGGGGAGCCCAGGCCUUGGCUGAAAACAUCGACUGCCACGUCUUCCCCUUCUCCCACUUUGGCAAGAGCUUCAUCAAACGCUGCCACCUGUCUUCAGAUAGCUUCAUCCAGACGGCCUUGCAGCUGGCCCACUUCCGGGACAGGGGUCAAUUCUGCCUGACCUAUGAGUCAGCCAUGACUCGCCUGUUCCUGGAAGGCCGGACAGAGACGGUGCGUUCUUGCACGAGGGAGGCCUGCAGCUUUGUGAGAGCCAUGGAACACCAAGAGAAGACAGACCCACAGUGCCUCGCCCUGUUCCGCCUGGCGGUGGACAAGCACCAGGCUCUGCUGAAGGCAGCGAUGAGCGGCCAGGGGGUCGACCGCCACCUCUUUGCUCUCUACAUCGUGUCGCAAUUCCUCCGCCUACAGUCGCCCUUCCUGAACCAGGUUCACUCGGAGCAGUGGCAGCUGGCCACCAGCCAGAUUCCUGUUCAGCAAAUGCACCUGUUUGACGUCCACAACUAUCCGGACUACGUUUCCUCUGGUGGUGGAUUUGGGCCUGCCGAUGAGCAUGGCUAUGGUGUUUCUUACAUCUUCACUGGGGAGGACACGAUUACCUUCCACAUCUCUAGCAAAAAAUCAAGCACGAGAACGGUAAGACUAACCCACGCUCGCCCCCCUUCUUUUUUAGGGGGGCCCUUUUUCGGGCUGCACCCUCGGCAUAUGGAAGUUCUCAGGCUAGGCGUCGAAUCGGAGCUACAGCUGCCAGCCCACACGGGAUCUGAGCCGCCACAGCUCGCCGCAACACCGGAUCCCCUGCCCACAGAGUGAGGCCAGGGAUCGAACCCGCAUCCUCAUGGAUGCUGGUCAGAUUCAUUUCCAUUGUGCCACAUUCCCUCGCCCCACCUUUCCUCAGGACUCCCACCUCCCUCCUCUCCUGCGGCCUAGGAAUCAAGACUCCCAUCCUACCCUCCAAGGCCAUGAUCCGAGAGUCCCAAUCCCCAACCCCCUCAUCCCUCAGACCUAGGAAUGAGUCAGGGACCCCAGCGUUCUUGUUUCCCAGCCCCUGGGAGCUCCUCUUCCAGCUUCCUCUGGACCCAUUUCUCCUUCCAGGACUCCCGCCGGCUAGGCCAGCACAUCAGGGAUGCAUUGCUGGACGUGGCAGCCCUAUUCCAGGAGGGGCAGCAUCUUAAGCGCCGGGCCUGAGGUUUGGGGGAGGACAUGGGCUCUCCCCUGCCACACAAGGGGCUCCAGGGCCCCUGCAACGACCACUGACUCUUGACACCUUCCAGAGGGGAGCGGGUCUCUCCAGGAACUAGGGGGCAGGUCUCUACAGCUGGGCUGGUGCAGGACGGAGGCAGCCCGUUCGGGUUUGGAAAGCUGGCAUCUAGUCUAAUAAAGAUGUGUGAGCUGGG